AAUAUGGCCUGCCGCAAAGUUGUUUCCAAUUUGUCGAUUCUUUCAAAGAAUGGCAAGAAUUUGAUUGCACCCUUGGCCACCAGUCCCGUGCGUUCAUAUUCAACACGCAAAGAUUUGGAACAAGUCACCCAUACUGGUCAAGUCUUUGACGAAAAGGAUUAUCGCAAUGUCCGUUUCAACAAUGCCAAGCGUUACGUCAACGAAAACUGGGGUAUUAAGUUAGUCGAUGAAAUUCCUCCCAAAGAAUGCACAGAACGUGUUGUAUACUGUGAUGGUGGUGAUGGUCCAUUGGGUCAUCCUAAGGUUUAUAUUAAUUUGGAUAAACCUGGUGCACACACAUGUGGCUAUUGUGGUCUCAGAUUCGUGAAGAAAGAUGGUCACCAUUAAAACAAAUU